GGGUAUUUCAAAUUUACCUUUGGAUAUUGACCUUGUGUUGCACCAAAUUAGUGAAACGAUCCUUUUUACUAUGAUUGUUUAUUACCGGUUACCGACAAUAUAUUACCUAUUGAAGUACCUUCAAGCAAGAACAGAUCUUAUUCCCCAUGGUUACUUGCGGCUUUAUUACAAUCCAUAUCCCACUAUUAUCCUAUUAAAUAAAGGUCCCGGCUUACUAUAUCAAUUGUGUUUGUAUCUUUAAGGAGGUAAGAGUCCUCGCGUUUCCGAUGUUCAGAGUGCGCUCAUAAUCCAAACUUCAAAUAAAGUUCUGGAUUUAACUUACUAUAACCUCAACUAGUCUAAGUGUUCUGUGUCAAAAAGGACUCACAAUUGGGUUAUUUGUCAAUGGCCGUGGGUCCUCACGAGCGAUGGGGCAGUCAAUUAGAGUAUUUACUCUCGUGCCUCGGAUAUGCAGUUGGAAUUGGAAAUAUAUGGAGAUUUCCAUACUUGUGCUAUAGAAAUGGAGGAGGAGCAUUUCUCAUUCCAUAUUUCCUUACUCUGUUUCUUUGUGGCAUACCACUGGUGUACUUGGAGACAACAUUGGGACAGUUCGCUAGUGCAGGAUGUAUUUCCGUCUUCAAUAUAAAUCCUUUGUUCAAAGGUGCCGGUUAUGCAACAGUUAUAUUAAAUAUUAUAGCAACAAUAUAUUUUUCCACCAUAAUGGCAUAUCCAAUACUUUACAUGUAUCACUCGUUCAGUUCCCCAUUACCUUGGCAAAACUGCAACAAUUCCUGGAAUACUGAAAAAUGCACUGAGAUAACAGGAAAUUCAACUGCCUUUACAACAAAUGGAUCUAUAACUACUCCAGAAGAUGAGUUCUUUCACAUAGGACUUUUGCGAAUGUCACCAAGCAUUAACGAGAUUGGUGGUAUUGUGUGGCCUGUUUUUUGGUGCAAUGUCAUCUGUUGGGUCAUCGUAUAUCUCUGCAUUUGUAAUGGUGUCAAGAGCGUCGGAAAGAUUGUAUACUGCACUGUGUCCUUUCCUUACAUAGUUCUGUGUAUUCUGUUCAUACGUGGCGUCACUCUACCAGGCGCUUGGCAAGGCAUAAAGUUUUAUAUUUUUCCUGAUUGGGAACAACUGAAAAAUCCAAAAGUCUGGGCAGAUGCUGCAACGCAACUUUUUUAUUCUCUUGGGCCAGGAUGGGGUGGCCUAGUGAGCAUGGCUAGUUUUAAUAGAUUUCACUACAAGAACUUACGGUCGUCAAUAAUAAUACCGAUAGUAAACAGCGCCACAAGCGUCUGGGCUGGGUUCGUAGUAUUUUCGGUGCUUGGUUUCGCCGCAGAGCGGGCUGGUGUGCCCGUGGGUCAGGUGGCCACUGCUGGUCCUGGGCUUGCCUAUAUCACGUAUCCAGCCGCUGUGACUAUGAUGCCGGCACCUAAUUUCUGGGCUAUGGCGUUCUUUGUGAUGCUGUUUUUCCUUGGUAUUGACACAAUGUUCGUAACUAUGGAAGCAGUUAUUGCAGGAGUUUUAGAAGAAGCACCGAAGCUGAAACAAAGAAAACGCCUCGUAACUUUCGUUACCUGCCUGGUUACCUUCUUCUUUUCAAUUAUAUGCAACACAGAGGGUGGUCUUCACGUUCUAACCCUUCUAGAUGCGCACGUGGCAAUUGCUUGUGUGCCAAUAGUGUGCCUGCUCGAAAUAAUAGCUGCGGUGUACAUGUAUGGACCUGAAAAGCUCAGCCGGGAUGUGCUGUUCAUGACUGGGCAACCUUUACGGCGAAUCUGGAUUUUUCAGUGGCGGUACAUUCUUCCAGCGAUAUUGGUGGUGGUCGCAUCAUUCACGUUGCGUGAUGCAUCCGGACUAGCAGGGUGGUGCGUGGCACUCUCCUCAGUCUCACUCAUACCUAUCUACGCAGUUAUAGUCAUAUACAAGGCCAAAGGAACUCUUUUAGAACGCAUCCGUGAGUCCAGCCGGCCGAACAAGCUGUGGGGACCGGCAUAUGUAGAGACCCGCCGAAGAUGGGUGGCCUCUCAAAGGCAAAAUAACCUCGCAGUUUUCCUCAAUGAACUUGAUAAUUUUUCAUAAUGGAUAGUCAGUCAGAUCGGCCCCCUAAGCAGCUUCUAAUAUCAAUAUACCAUUCAGAUUGGCAUUUGAAAGAAGUAUUCAAACCUCAAAUUUUAAAGAUGUUACAAUUUUCGGUGGGUUCGGUAUGGGUUCGGUGAGAAAUGGUUCGGUGGAGUUUCAUAAAUAAGUUAAGUCUUCAUAGGCCAAAUUGAAAGGGAUAGUACCUGAUAGGAGUUGAAAUAAGACGGUUACCCCCCCCCCCCCCCCCCCACCCCUCCUGAUAAAACUUCGAAUACAAUUUUCUAUGGCUGA